AACUUUUUAUUGUGGUUUGUCCGUUCGGAGCGCUCCGCAGAACAGUCCUCCCUGUAAGAGCCUUACCAUUGCCAGGGAAACCUGCUCUGGGUGCUCCUUUCGUUACUAGUAUUUUUUUUAAUUAAUCUGAUUAAUAAUUAUUUUCUCCCCUCAUUUGAUUUUUUCCCCCUCCCAGGUGGAGUUGCCGGAAGCUGGGCACAUCUAGGUAGGGUGGGGUGGGGGUGGGGGUGAGGCAGGCGUGGAGGGCAGGUCUCUCUCCCUUGCCGACCCUCUAGCCCCCCAAGGGGCAGGAGGAAUGCGGGAACUGGAGUUGAGAUAGGGAGCUGCAAUGCUUCUGCCCCUCCCCUCUCCCAGGCCCUCAUGCCUGCCCCCUUCCUGCAACUCUAUUUUAUUUUGGCUUUUUGAUGAUUAGGACUAUUUUUUUUUUAUUUUAAAAUUGAUAGAAAGUUUUUAAGUGUGUAUGGAGCUGAAACAGGCUCAGCCGCGGCACAGAAUGAGGGAAGACGAGAGAGAGUGGGAGAGAAAGGCAGAGAGAGGGAGAGGGAGAGGGAGAAUGACAGCAGCGCCGGGACGUCCUCCCCAACGUCGCCCUCAAUUCUACCGCCUAUGAUCCAGUGAGGCACUUCUCGACCUAUGGAGCGGCUGUUGCCCAGAACCGGAUCUACUCGACUCCCUUUUAUUCGCCACAGGAGAAUGUCGUGUUCAGUUCCAGCCGGGCCCCGUAUGACUAUGGAUCUAAUUCCUUUUACCAGGAGAAAGACAUGCUCUCAAACUGCAGACAAAACAACUUAGGACAUAAUACACAGACCUCAAUCGCUCAGGAUUUUAGUUCUGAGCAGGGCAGGACUGCGCCCCAGGACCAGAAAGCCAGUAUCCAGAUUUACCCCUGGAUGCAGCGAAUGAAUUCGCACAGUGGGGUCGGCUACGGAGCGGACCGGAGGCGCGGCCGCCAGAUCUAUUCGCGGUACCAGACCCUGGAACUGGAGAAGGAAUUCCACUUCAACCGCUACCUAACGCGGCGCCGGCGCAUCGAGAUCGCUAACGCUCUCUGCCUGACCGAGCGACAGAUCAAAAUCUGGUUCCAGAACCGCCGGAUGAAGUGGAAAAAGGAAUCGAAUCUCACGUCCACGCUCUCAGGGGGCGGCGGAGGGGCCGCGGCCGAUAGCCUGGGUGGAAAGGAGGAAAAGCGGGAAGAGACAGAAGAAGAGAAGCAGAAAGAGUGACCAGGACUGUCCCCUGCCAUCCCUCUCUGUCUUUCUUCCUCGCUCCCCCCAACUCUCUCCUUAUCACACACUCUGUAUUCAUCACUGGCACAAUUGAUGUGUUUUGACUCCUUCAAACAAAAUUAGGGAGUUAAACGUGGACCUGAAAGUCAGCUAUGGACCCCCUCCCUCACCGCACAAACUCCCUUUCGCCAUACGCCUCUUCCUUGAUCCCUUGCUCGCUUGUUCUUGGCUUGUCUGCAGGCCCCUUCCCCCGCCCAGGCCUUGGGGACUCAGUUCCUGAACCUCGCUUCAGACUCCACUGAUAGUCCCUCUAAAUGAGGGCUUGGCUCCCCGCCCUCUGGGCGCCCCCCAGCCCCCGCCCCCCGCGCAGAAAGCCAGCUCUGGGACCCCGGGGCCUCUCUUCCGUGGCCUCAGGGCCCGGUCUGGCAGCUCUGGAGGGCGGGAGGCCCUAGGAGGGCGUGCCUGGGCCCCACUGCAACCCCCAGGGCCUCCCCACAGUCCCUGCCCGGCCCCUCUGCCCCAGCAAAAUGCCCAGCCCAGGCGAAUUGUAUUUAAAGAAUCCUGGGGGUCAUUAUGGCAUAUUACAAACUGUGACCGUUUCUGUGUGAAUAUUUUUAGCUGUAUUUGUGGUCUCUGUAUUUAUAUUUAUGUUUAGCACCGUCAGUGUUCCAAUCCCAUCUUAAAAUGAAAAGAGGGAAAAACUACAAAACGAGAGGAGAAAAAAAUGAUGACGUUUGUUUAGCCAGUAGAAGAAAAAAAUAAUAAAAAAAAAAACAACCACAAACCAAUCCCCUCGUGUUACCCUCCUGUAUACAUCCGACCUCUGGAUCCGUUCUUGAAUAUUUAAUAAAACUGAUAUUAUUUUUAAAGAUUUA